AUGAAAGAAGUCGGGUUCACAACAUAUCCCGAUCUUGAAACGAAACAACAUGUUUACAUGCGAUAUAAACAUGAAGGUAGUCCCAAGUGGUAUGUAAAAUGCAAUGAACUUGUGACACGAUCUGAUGGCGUAGUUUGCCGGUGUUCAAUGCAAGAACAAAGGGAGGAUCAUUAUAAAAACUGGCUUAAGACUCAUGUUCACACAUGUCAGGCCGGAGAAGCAUUAUCGCAGCAAACAUUACUUGACUACUACAAUAAAGGUAAACAGCCAAAUGAUCCAAUGUUGGAUUUAUCGAAUGUAUACGAUGAAAUGACCAUUUUUACCGGUAAGUUCAACCUUGCCUUAGACACAUUUGCAUCCCCAGAAUUCACGCAUGUUGCAAAGAUUUUCAUUAUGUUCACAAUAUAUCAAAUGAUGAACAAAUACAAACAACUUCAGUCAGCUAAUAUCAAUCCGGAAAAACUUGCUGACAAAUUAUAUAAGCCUAUUACACGUGAUGAGAUCCGAAAUAGAAUGAUUGCUAUUGCUAACAGCAUACACCUUGCUAAAGUUCUCGAAUUCGCCAAAAAAGCAUACACUUGUGUCGCCAUCGAUGAAGGCAAGACACAUGAUUACCACAAUCUUGAUUUUGUCUUAACAAAUCCGUUGGAGCAAAUGAAGCCAUACCCAGUAGAGGCGAUAGAUAUGAAGGAUGGCCAGACAAGUCAGGAUUAUAAAUCCGCAAUAACAGCAGGAUUUAACAGAAUUGACAUUAGGAAAGUCAAGAUAGGUAGUGUGGUAGUUGACGGAGGACCAGCACAGUUAAAAUGCUUCAAAGAUACUUGGAAUGAUUCAUUCUAUCAUGACAGAGAUCCAAAAUACUACAAGAUAUUGCUUAUUCCCUGUUUGUGUCACAGAAUCCACAACAGCUAUCAAUAUAUUGCUGGCAAGAACAACCAGUUACAAAGUUUAGUAAAGGAUGUGCACAGAAUUGCAGAACUUUGUCGCAUUCAUGCUGACGAUAUAGGUGCACAAUGUCCACAGCAUGUAUCCACCAGAUGGAUAUAUGACUAUAAUAUAUGUGUCUUUAUUCUUAAGUACGAAAACAAAAUCAAGCAAUAUAUAAAUGUAGAUCACGAUAAAAUCGUACAAUUGAAAGAUUGUUUAGCUGUUCUUAAAAAGCUAAUCUUAGUAUUCGAAUCGGAUAAGGCAUUGUUGGCAAAUUGUUACAUUUGGCUUCGUAAAGCCAUAUCAGCUCUCAAUCUUUUGACAUCCAAUUUGCAUAAUGCAUUCGGAUCCAUCUUGGCAUCUUCAUUGGAUAGCUAUACCUUGGACUCUGACUUUGGUGGGCUAUGGUGUUUGGCAUUCUCUCUCACGCCGAGAGGAAGGUUCUACUUCCAUAGAAAGUUUGUUAAAAACGAAGAAGUAGAAGAUUUGGCCGAUCCCUUGAGUUCCUUUCAAAGUGAGCAUAUUCCUGAUAAAGAUCCGGCAGAAGAUUUACAGGACAUUUACAUGGAUUCUAUUUUUGAGGAAGGUAACACAAACGCUGUAAUUGAUGUAACAGAUGAAGGCACAUUUCGUAGAAUUGUCGAAUCUGAUGAUCAACUUAGGCUUACAUUGCAAGAUGUACGCGAGGAUAAUCAUCAGACUGCCGAAAAUGAUCUAACAGCAGCUAAAGAUUACCUCAAGCGCAUUUUGGUUCAAUUCCGAUUGAACGAAAGACAAAAAACGCUUGUACUCUCGUUAUAUAAUACGUUCAUCAAUAAGGAAUCAGACAUCUUUGAGAACGAUCUGAUGGACGAGGCACAAAAUUAUGCUUGGGAAGAGAUCUCGCAUAGAAUUGGAGAAAAAUCCAUCCUUGCGGAAAUAGCAUUACGCUUGUUAUGUUCAUCUCCUUCGGAGGCAACAUGUGAACGUAAUAUCAAAGCACAAAGGUUAAUUUUGAACGUUAGGCGGUUAAGAUCCAAGAAAAACUUGUUAAAUAGCCGUCAUAUCUUAAUGGCAACUAAAUGA